CUGUCUAUUUGCUGGAAUUUUUCAAGUGGGUGGGGUGUCAGCUUCACGCAGCUACCAUCACUUUACGGCUCAACACCUGCCGAAACAGGAGACUGACGCCGCUGAAUCGGCGGAACUUGAAUAUCCAACUUCAAACUAACUUCACCGCGGCCUACAAAACCCCGUGGCUGGCUUGACUACAGUGCAGUACUGUACUUUAGGCGUGGCGUUUACGGGAAAGCUUCUCUCUUUGCUUUCUGUUUCCUUAGACUGCAGCCAUGGAUAUGGAGCUGACCAGAGAAGAACUAUAUCUGAUAAAACAACAAGGUUUCAGAACAAAUGCCUUCAAGAUUAUUGAGAAGAUGGUUGAUUGGUGCAAUAAGACUGUCGGAAGUAAACACUUAGUGGAUGAGAUACUUCACAGCAUCUUCUUUCUGGGAACAAUCAACAAAGUGCCAUUCUCUCCAAAGGAAAUUAUCCCUGAUGAGGACAUGUUCAUUCAAUUAAAGGACAAAUACAGCAGACCCUUUGAGUGCUAUGAGACUCAGCUUCCCAGGCGGAGUCCAUUCUCCUGUGUACUGGACAUGAUUGUCCUGCAGACUGGUCCUGAAAAUGAAAACCAGAUAAUACAAACUUUGAGGGAUCUGGUCAUAAUUCUGAAACCAGGUUUUCUGGUCUCCUCCACCAUCUGCGUAUCUGAGUCCAACAAAUCAAGCAAACAGUAUGGAGUUUCUAUGUCCACCACUGGUCCCAAUGCUGGCAGAAUUGUGAUCGCUGCCUCCUGUUUGAGCUCAUACUGGGAUGAAUAUGUAGCUGAUGCAGUGAUGACCUACUAUCCUGAGAAGACGAUGAAGGAUUAUUUUGAUGGAACCAUCAAACUACCAAAAGACGUCACAUGCAGAGCAUAUAGCAUCAAGUCUGGGUCUGAAAUGGAGCCUUGCAAAUCAUGUGGAAAUCUCUUUGGCUUGCACACAACUUGUCAGAAAGAAUGGCCCUACGGUAACUGUGCUGAAGUUGAGAGUCUGAGCAACUUGUUUGAAAAGGAAAAAGAAGUUAAGGAGCAAUCUAAACCAACAUCUAACACAUACACACCAGAGAACAGAAAGAAGGUCAGAAAUUAUACUCUACAGGAGCUCCGCAACACACUGAAAACUAUCAAGUUCAACACAUGGAGCAGUGAAUUUUACAGAGCAUCCAUAUAACUGUCUCGCGGAGAGGGAUGACGUUUUACAAUGACUGUCCUUAGCUGUGCUGUGCUUCCUAUAUCUGUUAUGUUUAUAUUCAAAUAAGCUUUACUAUACGCUUGCAUCAUAAGUGUCCCUCUCACUGUCAUCUAAAAGUCAACUUAGCUGUUAUUUCAUUUUGUACUUUUAAUGAUAUUUCAUUUUGUACUUUUAAUGAUCUUAUUUCACCUUGUACUGUUAAUUUCCUAUUAAAAUUUGCUGAUGUUACAAAACAA